AUGGCUUUAAUUGCUCCAGCGAUGUUCGUUAACCACGGAGGAGGUCCAAUGCCGCUUCUGGGGGACAAAGACCACGCAGGACUGACGAAUUUCCUGCGCGACGGUGUCCAAAAGCACCUGAAUUUAAAGGAGGUAAAAGCUAUCAUUCUUGUGACUGCCCAUUGGGAAGAGAAUGUCGUAACAAUAUCUUCGGGUAAACAUCACGAUCUGUACUUCGAUUAUUACGGUUUCCCGCCAGAAACUUACAAAUAUAAGUACGAUGCACCCGGAGAUCCGGCUUUAGCAGAAAGAAUCCAUCGUACGUUGAAAAAGGCGGGAAUAAAUUCGAAAUUGGAUUCGAAAAGAGGUUGGGACCAUGGAGUUUUUGUGCCAAUGAUGUUGAUUAACCCUGCAGCCAGUGUGCCUAUAGUACAAAUUUCAGUUUUGUCUAAUCAAGACCCAGAACAGCAUUAUAAACUUGGACAGGCGUUAUAUGAAUUUAGAAAAGAAGGUAUUGCUAUUUUGGGCUCUGGAAUGUCGUACCACAACAUGAGAGAAUUUAUGUUAGGCCGACACCAAUCCUCUGUAGUAAACAAAGAAUUCGACGAAUACUUAAACAAAGUAUGUACUGCGGAAGAUGAGGCUGAACGAAAAGAAGGUUUGUUGUCCUGGAGACAGCAGAAAGGUGCUACAGAAGCCCACCCGAUGAGGGCGGCGGAGCAUUUUAUGCCGUUGAUAGUAAUUGCAGGCGCUGGGGGCUCCAAACCUGGUGAGCGUAUCUUUAACUGGGAUAUGAGCGGUGUGUUCCGAUUAAGUGCCUUUGUAUGGAAAGAUGAGUGA